AUGCAUUAUGCCAUGGUUUUAUACCCUGGCUUUGAAGCCCUAGACGUUUUCGGGCCGCUGGAAAUCCUCAAUGUCCUCUCUGAGCAAACUUAUCUUCGGCUGUCCUUACUAUCCUCAUCCAUUGCUCCCGUCUCAACGCGUUCUCCGGAUCCGGCUGCCCACCGAACGGGGUCAACUUGUUCGCAAGAUAUAGUGCCAACUGGAACAUUCGACGACUUCCUUGAUUCUAUGGGCGCAGACGGCAGCCCAGAAAGCAAAUCGACCAUUGAUGUUCUCCUCAUCCCGGGUGGUGCUGGGACACGUUUCCCAGAUACUAUCAACCCUGUUAUCGAAUUUGUUGAGAAAAUAUUCCCAUCGGUGAAACACAUCAUCUCAAUUUGUAAUGGGGCUGGUGUGUUAGCAAGAGCAGGAAUCUUGGAUGGAAGGAGGGCUACCACUAAUAAGUUGUUAUGGGAGCUGACGACUGCGCUAAGAAAAGAGGUCCAUUGGGUCAGGGAGGCGAGGUGGAUUGUAGACGGGAACAUUUGGACUGCUUCUGGGGUGAGCGCCGGUAUUGAUGUGACACUGGCGUUCGUACGACAGGUAUAUGGAAAAGACUUAUCCGGAAGCAUUGCUAGAGAGAUUGAAUAUGCCUGGGAUACUGAGGAUGAUGGUACAAAAGACCCGUUUGCUUCUCAGCCUUAG